AGCAGGGGAAAACUUUUUAUACUGACAUGGUAGCGCAAUGAAUUUUGAGUAACAUCUAACUGGGACGAGGCUCCCGGCGUGAGGAGGACAGGGCUGUGUACGGGAAGAAAAAAGGAGCACUUGCCAUCUGCCGGGUUACGGGAACGAAAAGCAAGACGGCAAAAUAGUUGAGACCAGUCCAAGAAUCAGCGGUGGAAAAUCCAGUUUAGCCAUUUGAAUUGAAAGAUGAGCUUGUUGUCUGCCAUAGACACGAGUGCCUCCGUGUACCAACCCGCGCAACUUCUCAACUGGGUCUAUCUUUCCUUACAAGACCCCCACCAGACAAGCGCCUUUGACGCAUUCAGACCCGAACCCAACUCUUCCCACCCGGAUCUCAAUUUCAGCAAGACUCCCGCAGCGGCAGACUUGAGCUCUUCCCUGAACUCCAACUAUCUCAACAACUUCUUUCAGCUGCAGCGGAAUGAGGCCUUAAACAACAACGUGUAUAAGAAUGUGUCACCCUAUGGCUCCCUGAACAACAUCGUAGAUGGACUCAACUCCCUGACGGACCAUUUCUCAGACCUUUCCCUUUCUUCAGAGCCAAGAAAACCCAACAAAAGACCUCCACCCAACUACUUGUGCCAUCUGUGCUUCAACAAGGGCCAUUACAUCAAAGACUGCCCUCAGGCCAGACCCAAAGGGGAAGGGCUGACACCCUACCAGGGGAAGAAGAGAUGCUUUGGAGAGUACAAGUGCCCCAAGUGUAAGAGGAAGUGGAUGAGCGGCAACUCCUGGGCCAACAUGGGACAAGAAUGUAUCAAAUGCCACAUCAACGUCUAUCCACACAAACAGCGCCCUUUAGAGAAGCCAGAUGGCCUGGAUGUUUCUGACCAGAGUAAGGAGCACCCGCAACACCUGUGCGAGAAAUGUAAAGUCCUGGGCUACUACUGCCGCCGUGUGCAAUAAUCGCCUUGAUUCAGAGUCGGAGAGCAACAUUUGCGUCCCAAGUCGUAUUGCUCAUCCUCCCUCAAGGCUGUCAACUACCACCCUGCCAAAUUCACAUCCAGGUUUCCCACAUCCCCGCCCUGCACACAUGGCGUCCUUUCUUCCUGACGUCUUCCCCUCCUUCUCUCAGAAGCCUCAAAUAUAGAUGGUAGCUCUAACCCACCCUUCUUUCUGUCCCUCUUCUCAACCACCCGAGGAACACAGAUUUUAGUCAUUAUGCUUCUUUUCCAGUGACAGUACUGAAGAUAACAUCCAGGAAUGAGAGGAACAUGUUAACUUAGGAUCAAUAUCUAUCUCUCGAAGUGCUCUUUUAUCAAAAGCAAAAACCUGCCAAAAUCAGUGACUUUUUUAUGCCUCAUGUAUCAGAAACCACAUAACCCCAUUGAUUCAAGUAAUAACAGCGAAUAAUUGUAUUGACGAAUAAGCACCUGGCAUAUAUUUCAUUGGUGUCACUGACAGUAUUGGUAUCAAUAGAUUACCUCACCUUGGGGUUUGUUGGCUUUGUGUUUACAGAGAUCUGCCUUCCAUUUCCCUGUCAAGUGAAGUGUGUGGUAAUGUGAUGAACGUUUAACCCCGGCCUCUCAUGACGGUAUAAUGUAUACGAGGCCUUUGAUGUCUUGCCGUAUUAGGGUCAGCAGCACAUCUUAUUAACUGUGAAUUAACUAAGGGACAAUGUGCCAUACAUCCCUAGCUUACAUUUGGCCUAUUUAUUUUCUUGUCGUCUAGUGUGCAAUUUUAAUUUUAACUGGGACAUAAAGAAAUGUGUUUGUUUUUUUGUAAGUUUGUAUAUCACAUUAUUGUGUAACUGCUUCCACGUGUCUUUAGAAACUACUGUAGGUUCAGUUUGCGUAGAGUCGCUUUAGAUUUAGUGCGUUGCUAACACAUAAGGUUUCAUUAACCCUACCUAGAGUAUUUUUGUUGCCACACAGAUUCUCAGUGUUCUGUAGUGUUAGAUAUGUAUAGAUGUUAGAUAGGUAAGUUUAUUUCAAAUCACAAGAAGGUCAACUGAGAAGGAGCUGUAGGAAAACAAUAGUUUCAGAAACAAUAAUCUAGCCAUCCACACAGUUUCUUGCCAGUGUCCAAUCAAACUGCUUUUCACAAUUUGAUUAGCAUUAUAAAACAUGAUUUUAGAGGUUAAACUGUUCACAUGUAAAGCCUGAUUGGACUGUAACCACAAAUUAGUCAAAUACAAAGGAGAUAUUUGUUUGAAAGGGAUUCAGAAAGACAUUUGAGUUCUCAUUUUAGUGCCAAUUGAUGCCUGGCGGCCUCAGUGGAGUCUUGAUGGAAACUUUUCAAAGGGUUUGCACCCUUCAAAACUAUGUCCAAUAGCUGAUUUCAGUGUAAAGAGUGUCUAGAGGGAGGUGAAGCUUUGGGGAACUGCAAUUAUUUUCAGGUUGGUUGAGAGAAACAAAAGGAUUUAAUAUAGAGGGGCUGAUUUGUGAUGCGGUGAUGCUGAAGAUUCGAGGAUAUAAUGAAAGUGAUGAUGAAUUAAGUUUACACUUAUAUUCAUUUACAUGAAUGAAUAAGAAUAUCAGUGCCUACUUUUACAAACCAAUGUCUUUAAAGAAAAAUAAGUACACCUCCUGUUUACAUAUAUCACCAUGCAGACCUAAAGCACUACAGAGGAAAUUAAUGUAGUUUUGACUAUAUAAAAAGCUUCCUUUCAAGAAACCUUGGUAUAGGGAUUGUGAAAUAUUUGUGUGUACUGUAUUUCUAGCCUUAUAAAAGCUGGUUUACUAUAUUUCAUACUGUAACAUACUUUAUGUGCCUUUAAAAAGAUUUAAAUCAUUAAUAAAAGUAUCAGGCCUUGUAGGCCAUUUAAAAUUGGGGAAAGACAUGUGGGUAGAGGCUCAGAGUUGGAGCAGUAUACGUGUGCAUGUGGUAACUGUGAUGCUCAGUAAGUUUAAUGCAGGUUCAAGAUGUGACAAAGGACAAGAAAAUGAUACAGUUCCUCUAUUAACAGUUUGAACUGGCAUGGUGGGCGUUCACUUCAAAUGCAGUUUGCUGAGUUGGAGGCACGGGCUGAAACAGCAUUUCCAGCUGGCAAUAACAAUCCUACUGUGGUCUGUUGUCAUGGAAUAUCAACAAAGAUGUUAUUUCUCAGAUGGUCCUCACAACAGAAUGGAGUCGCACAUGAAACUGUGGACCUCAAUCUUUGUAUUUUUAAUCUAUUGUAGUUAUGUUUGUCCAAGGAACCAUGGGUUUUGUUGAGAAAUAUACAUGGUCACUUGCCUUAGUGGGACGGUUUGCAGUGGCUCAUAAUGGUACCUUACAGUUUGGGGAAAUGUAACUAAAUUCCAUCUAUAAAGUUAAAGGGGCACUCCAGUGAUUUAGUAAUACAGUUCCACAAAAUCAAUGCCUGAGAUGUCCUUAUUUUUUGUCCAAAAAUGCUGGAUCGUACGCUCUUGUCUCAGUCUCAGACAAAGCUCCACCAAAGCUACAGAAGACAUACAACUGUUUUCACUGUCAGAGUAGAACGAGCAAACUGAACUUCAUGAGUAAAACUGGUGGAGUGCCCCUUUAAAAGAAGGAAGCUGUGCAUUUAUACUACCACAAGUUAAAGAUAACGUCUUUACAUAAGAAUCUUAGUGUCCACAUGAGGCAGUAGCGAGAUGGAUACCAAUGAUGCCUUACGAACUAACCUCACAAAAAAGUAACAAUGUUAUUGUUAUUGUAUUAUUCACAGAGUUCUGGCUGAAUAGAAAUGAGUAAUCCUGUUAAGAGUAUUAUUCCGCCCAGAGACAUGUUAUGAAGAGGCCAUUUUAAAUGGCAAAUCAAGAGCCAAUGGAAGCAGUUGAUACAAUACAUUUGCAAAAAAGAAAUCUCUGCUUUCAGACGUAAUGUCUUGAAUUACAUAUACUUGACUUUUCUAGUACCUUUUCAGUUCAAAUUUGUUAUUUUCUAUGAAUGAGAUGUGUAUUUUGGAUCACUUAAUAGAUGUUGAAAAUUGUAAAGCAAUCUGCAAAAACUCUUGAGUUAUUUCCCUAACAAAGACAGACUGUUUUAUGUAUAUAUUUGAUGGCCAUCAUUUUAAGGAUAGGAGCUCUUUUAAAGUGUUAUGCAAUAUUGAAGCUUUUAUGUGUGAAGAAGGGCCUAUUGCUGAGAAAUAAACAAAGCUGGGAGUUUUUUUUUUCUUUAUGUUUUACAAUAAUCUGAGGGGUUAUCCUGCAGAAAUAUUUAUGGAAAGAUUUUUUACAACACUUUUUGUAUAGAAUAUGCAACAAAGUUACACUAAGAAGGAAAUAUUGAUGUCUACAUAGAAUACUAUUAAAGAAAAGUUGGUACAUAAUUAAUACCCUUUCGCAAUUAUAAGCCAUUGUAUUUCUGUGUUUUGUUUUAUGAUGUUAUCAGUGUUGAAUAACCCACAAUGUUAUUCAGUUGCUACAUGUAACUAAUUACGAGCUGCCAUUUACAUCCAUACAGUCGCACGUAUUCAUUUUGUAAACAAUAUUAUGAAGAUAUAUUGUGUUAACAUGCAGAAACCUUUUUUUCUUAAGUAGUGAUGGAUACUCACCACUGUACAAGCACAUUAAACUGUGAGAUGUAGUUUGCUUAAAGCAGCAAUGACAAGAAACUAUUAUAAAAUGUUAAGUGUUAUUAGUAGCUUAGGGAGUGUAUACUUUUGUCAAUAAAGUGUGUGUGACAAAGAACUAUUUUAGAGUUUGCAUGUGCAUGUGUUUGGUUUGGGAUGAAAUAUUAUUUUGUGCAAUGUAUACUUAUUUAAAUACUUUACAGUAGUUUGCUACAGUACAUAUUGUUUUUAACAUUAUCAGCAACUCCUGAUUGUUAUUAGUCCUGAAGUAUUUCAUUUACAACUAGUGUAGCCUCUAUGAAUAAUACAUAUUUACUGAAUGUAAUGUGUUAACACUUAUGUGGUCAAUUUGGAAAGUUAUGUUUGUAUUAUUUACUGUCUGUAUCACUUGAGAUGUUUGUAAUGCAGUAUUGCAAUAAUGUAAUAUUUGAAAUUGGACAGAACACAGGCGUGAGGUAGGGAAGACGAUGAUUUUGGGAAACAAGGACAGUCAUGGUUUCGAGAGUAGACCACAGGUCUGUUUUUCAUGUCCAUGAAACGGCAUUCCAAAAUGUGCCUUAUUUAGUAGUUGGGAAAACAUUUUAGUGCUUUAGUGCUGUCAAAGUUUGAUGAAUAAAAGUCAUAUUGAAGUAGGA